UUACCCUCCUUGAAAAUGGCCCAGUCCAAAGUCACGAGGGGAAACAGCAACUUCCGCAAACUUGAAGCGUCACUGAAACCCAAACAGACGGAGGCUCGGUUCAGGCUGGUAAGAAUGGCUCGCGGGGUUCUUCUUCUUCUGGCCACUUUUCUCGCCGUCUCGGCGGCUCAGUUCGUCCCACCGUACACAGAGGACUGCCGGACGGGCAUGUACCCUCCGGACGGUCCGACGUUCAAAGGUCCGGUCAGCUGGUACACCAUUGACCUUGACCUGCCCCCCAGCAAGAGAUGGACGGCUGUGAUCACUGACAAAAAAACAGAACUGACCGGGAUGAUCCAAGCCAUCAGGGACUUGGCCAACGCGUUUGUUCCCAGCGGAAGGCUGAUAGAGCUGGUUGACAUCACGCUGCCUCUGAUGGCGGACUCUCUCCCAAGCCCGUUUGGCGAGGAGAUCAAGGGAAUCGCUGACGCCUCGGGGGUUCCUCUCGGAGAAGUUGUUCUGUUUAACAUCUUUUACGAGGUGUUCACCGUUUGCACGUCUGUUGUUGCGCAAGAUCAGAAAGGGAACCUCCUCCAUGGCAGGAAUUUAGAUUUUGGAUUAUUUUUGGGCUGGGAUGUAAAGAACAAGUCGUGGACCAUCAGUGAGAAGCUGAAGCCUCUGGUGGUCAACCUGGACUUCAGAAGGAGCAACAAAACCGUCUUCAAGUCCACAAACUUCGCCGGCUACGUCGGCAUGCUCACCGGCAUCAAGCCGCACGCCUUCACGCUGACUAUGAACGAGCGCUUCAGCCUAGACGGAGGAUACAUCGGGAUCCUGGAGUGGAUCAUGGGACAAAGAGACGGGAUGUGGAUGAGCUUUCUCACUCGAUCGGUCCUGGAGAAAGCAAACAGCUACAAGGAAGCCAAGAACCAGCUGGCUCUGACCAAGAUGCUGGCCCCAGCGUACUUCAUCCUGGGAGGAAACCAAACCGGAGAAGGCUGCAUCAUCACCAGGUCCAGGGAGCUCAGCAUCGACGUGCUGGACAUCGACGUGAAACUGGACCGCUGGUACGUUCUGGAGACCAACUACGACCACUGGAAGGAGCCCUUCUUCCUGGACGACCGCCGGACUCCUGCCAUGAAGUGCAUGAACAAGACAACACAGGCAAACAUCUCUGUGAAAACCCUGUAUGAUGUUCUCUCAACCAAACCAGUGUUAAACAAGCUGACCACCUACACAACACUGAUGCAAGUGUCUGAAGGCAAGCUGGAGUCGUACAUCCGGGACUGUCCUGACCCCUGCAUGCCCUGGUGAUCCGCUGCACUGUCUUCCUGGCACAACAGCUUUAAGUGAUCGCACAGCAACUGCUGACCUGAACCGUUCAUCGUAACACUGAAGUCCCACAGACGUCUGGAUUUUGUGAAGCUUGGAGGACAAUAUUCCAGUUCUUGUUAUGAGGGAAAUUAAACCUGUAGAUCUGUUUGCUUUUCUUGAACUUUCUUUGUCUAACUAUAAAAAUCCUGCCUUGCUAGGAAAUGUUUGUUUUAAGCUUGUACUGACAGACGUACCUCAUGGUGACCUUUUUAAUUUUUUUUUUAAUUGUUUAACAAAUUCCCAGAUUUUCUGCUGUUUUAUAACAGAAUUUUUGUAAUGUUAUAAUAAGAUCUAAUCUACCAAA